AAGUCUGGCUCGAAUUAGGUAGUUCAGAUCCGUGUCUUGCGAAAUAGUUUGGUGCAACUUGGCCACAAGGAAAGGGCAGAUCAGUUUCUCAGACAUUUUGUGUCCUGCUGUUGGACCUUUCUUCCUCCUAUCUCCCCCUGCCCUUCUUCCUAAUGCAAGUGUUGCAAGAGUUCCUUGACCCUAGUAUAGAUGCAUGUUCUGUCAGGAGGUUCAUUCCGCACCACUGAAGCGAUGUUUGCUGGUGCAUGUUCUGUUUUUGCUGAACACCACAUAGCAGCCAUGCACCAAGUGCUCACAAUUAAAUCCGCUAAACAGUGUUGCAUAUGUGUUAUCUAAAAAUCAUUACUUCACUAUGUUUCCGCAUUAUUUUGCAACUGAUCCAUGCAAUUCAAUUUGAUUCCAUGAGUGGAAUGAGGUGUCACCUUCACUCCGAGUCACCCACCUGGAAGUGGCCUUUGCCAUGUCUAUUGAGUCUAACGAGUAGGAUCGACGCCAAACAAACCACAAGGGGCCCGAGCUGAUCUGCCAAACGACCUGCAGCUGCUGUGUACAGGUCUCGCGUGGUCUUGCAGACAUGAUGAUGCUUUGCAAGCCAACGCUUCUUCUCGUGUUCCUUAUUCGCUUUGGCAGCUGUGUUCGUGAGGUUUCUUUACGGAAGGGAAAUCGCAGCUUCCAGAACCUGGUGGACGAAGAUGUUCUCCAGCAAGGGUCGUGCCGGUAUCAUUUAGAGAGCGAGUAUUGCUGUGCCACAAAGAAUGGGCAGUGCAGGUAUGGUAAGCCUGGUGAGCGAAGUAUUUGUGACGAAGACGCUGGAAUGCGUUGUUACGUUCGAUUCUCUGGACGCACUUGCAUGUGCCGAAGCAACAAAUGCUAUGACCCGGACCAAAAGAGAUGUGUUGAUAAGGCAAUGGCUGAAGUGCUUGCCCGCACGAAGGCCAACAAGACAGUGAAUAUGAGGGUGGAAGACUUCUUUGACCAGCUCAUGGGCUUCACUGGAGGCACCGUCGGCACAGUGGUUGGUACGGCAUUGGCCCCAGUUAUGAAGGUCUUGAGCCCAUUUCAGUCAAUGGCUAGAAAAGGGGCAAUUCGAGCAGCUGGAUCCUACGCAAGCUGGCAGUUCAAUCGAAACCUUGAGCAUACAGAGGGCUGGCUGCAGUGGGCACUGGGCAGCUUUGUUUUGGAGCAUGACGAACAGCCGAAGAAAGCGUGCAAUAUGGCAUCCUCACUGUCCCUCACCAGCGCCAAGAUCGACUUUGGCAAGUGUUAUUUGUCCUUGGCCUACCCAGAUGGAGUUCCCUUGUGGGAAGGCCCUAUCUAUUCUUACAGCGAUGGCAAAGGCAACGACUUCAACAUCUCUUUGAUGGUCAAGGCUGGGCAAAUUCGAUGCUUGGAGAAGCUUCAAGUCCAAAAGUCUCGAUGCUUUGGAAACGUCAUUGCAGAUGGAGGCCUUUGCCAAAUAGAGCUCGCCCCAGCUACAGACUGCCCCUUGAAUGUCACUGACUUGGAAGUGGAGAUCUUUUGCGAGGGCAAAUGCAAGCUUCAGGACCAUGUCCGAUCUAUGCUGACCUGGGAGGAGGCCGACAAUGCCAUAGAAGUGGGCAGCAAGGUUUAUAUCUACAAAGAAGGGAGCCGCAAAUACGGCAAAAAGUGCGAAGGAGAGUUGAACGUCAUCACCAAGAAUAUUGUGAGGUGUGACACCACCGGAAAGAAAUGCCUUCGGCAUUGCGUCCAAGGAAGUGGAUGCUGGCAUGCCUCGAAUCUCUUGACAGAGAAAUACUGUGAGGCAAAAUGGAAGACUGGUGUGAAACGUGUCUUCAAAUUGUUGUCGAAUUGGAUGGGGGAGAGCUCUGGCUCAGACACACCCAGACUGACGCUGAUCUACCGCAAGUUCAAUGCCAUCCUCAAGGAGGUGAAAGUUCGAACUGACCUAUAUAUAUUUCGCACUCGCUCACUGGAAGAUGCAAUUGAAGAGGACGCCAACGACGAGAGGAAUGAUCGAACGCGGCGCGGCAUCAUCGAUCGCUUCAAUCACGCAUUUGGUGCAGUGAGCAACGUCGUUGACCAUAUUGAAAGUGCAGCAUUGGGCCUCAUUAGGUCAGAGAAGGAGGCAACCGACGCGCAGAUGACCCUGAUCAAGAGAUACAAAUUCAACAUGCAACCGAAGCGGGAUGAGACGGGCAAAUUUGCUGGUUAUGAAUUGGUGACAUGCCAGCAGAAAACUUGGAAUGAAGCCACCCAAGCCUAUGACAAGCCGCCUCUGCGAAAGUGCCAAAAGAUUCGACUAGUCAAUCUACAAUUGAUGGCAACAGAAGAGCAAUAUUUGGAGAUUGAAGAAAUUAGCAGUUCACAGCAGCAAGCCAACUCCAUCACCGGUGGUAGUCCUGGGAUCGUCCUUUCCCUCAUUGCCAAGAUUGCACGGAUGAUGUUCGCCCGCAAUACAGCGACCAUGAUGGCAUCGGAUGAGAAGGGUGUAAGGCACCCGUGCAAGGACAUGUGGACUCGAGGAAAAACAUUGGACUCUGCCACUGCCGUCGGGGUGGAGUGCAGCUCCAAAACCAAAAAGGACUUUGACCCCGACGAGGUGGGCGAUGGUGUUGAUGCGCGAUAUGAGUUUGAGUUUGUUGAACUACAGCCAAUUUGGGAUGAGCUCAAAAUGAAGAACAUGCAAGUAAUUGGGCUGCGUGGUGGCCACAACCUGGAUUGGUGCCGAGUCCUGUCCGAAGAAGAUCCGAAGACGAAGCUUAAGGCGGGGUCUGUGGUUUGCGACCUCGAGCUCCCAACAGUGGAGGGCACGAACAUCCUGGUGGGCGGGAAGUUGCCGCUUGAGGCGCAGUUCCGCUUGCAGCAGACGGGAGAGAAUGAUGUGAAAUCCACAGUGGUGGUUGGCGGCGGUGGUUCCAAGGAGGCUACCUGCGAAGGGACGUGUGACGGCACAGACGAAGAAGAGGCAAGAGAGAAGGUUCAGGAGAAAUUGGGAGACAACGCAAACGUGCAGGAUGACUUGGAAGUGCGAUUGAUCUCUAUGCAAACAGGCAAAUAUUGCCGCACAUCUCCGCAAGUCUUUCAGACUUGGAAAGGGCUCCUUACGAAGAAAAAGCUUCUUUUGUCCUGUGACAUGAGCGAAGGAGAUUCUGCUCCAGAGACAUUACUAUCCCUGGAUGGCAGUACGGAUGGCCUUGUUCCAUCUCCAUAUUGGGAUUUAUUGAUCAUUCUCUCGUUAUCUUGCAUGGGCGCUCUUGCGGGGUGGAAAGGUAGCAUGUGGGCCACCUUCUUGGGUGGCACGGGUGCAGUCUUCACAUUCGCAACGGUGGUCUUGAGCACAGCAGGUGGACUUGUUGGUGGCCUUUUCUUGAGCGAGCAUUUGGCACAAGACUAUCACAUGGACGGCAUCAUGAUGCGCUACAUGAUGCAGGAAAAGUUGCAGACAAUUGGUCAGCAGAUUCUAUAUAUGAUCGAAUCUGCUUUGGACUUUGAACUGCCGCGCAUUUAGUGUUCCAGCG